GUGGCACCUUGGAAAAUACGGGAACGAGGGUAUGUAACAUGGGGUGAACCAGCUCUCUCAGGAUAUCUCACCUGCCGACGCACACUUCCUCAAUCUGCACGGAGCUCAUGCUGUUCCGCGCCAUCGUCCUCGCCGCAGCCGCAUUCGCGGCCGACGCGGCGACCACGUACGCCGGCCUGUCGUCGACGUACGGCGGUCCUGACGGCGUCGAUGCCACCACAGGCAACUGUGCCCCCAUGGACCACCUGCCCGACGCUACAAAAUACCACGUCGCCAUAAACGACAAGCAGUACAACGUAGGGUUGAACUGUGGUCGAUGUGUGCAGGUGCAGUGCAAAGACCCUCGAUGCACAUCCAACAAAGUCAUGACGGCACAAGUGACUGACCGAUGUCCAGAGUGCGCCCACGGCGACCUCGACAUGACGCUGCCGCUCUUCACAGAGGUCACAGGGUAUGUCACGGACAAGUACAAGAUCGAGUGGCAGUUCGUGGACUGCCCCGUGACGGGAGGGAUCCAAGUGUGUGCGAAGGAAGGCAGCUCCAAGUACUGGCUGUACGUGCAGCCCAUGAACACCGUGUCGGGGGUGAUGGCGAUGAAGGUCAACAACGGCCCGGCCCCGCCGUUCGAUUCUUGCUACUUCUUCAAGACGACGAAUCUGGGUGUGGAACUCAAAGACACGGAAGUGGAAAUGACGUCGUGGGCGGGCGAAACCAUCAAAACCAAAGUGGCGCUCACGGUCGGCAAGUGCACCCAGAUCAGCCAGCAGUUCUCCCGUGGACAGCCCGUCCUCGAUCCGACUGCGCCGAACCCUCCGCCGCCUUCUCCUCCAUCGUCCACCCCCCCACCCUCGUCCUACCCCCCACCAUCGUCAUACGCACCUCCGCCGCCGUCGUCAAGCACCGCCACGCCUUCGACCUCAUCCGCCGCCACGCCUACGACCACAUCCGCCGCCCCGACUACCGCCGCAGCUCCCACGACCACCAAGGACAUAUCAACUACCACUUCGGCGCCGUCGACCCCUGCAGCCCCUACGUCCACCGAACCGGAAACCGAAAGCGUCGCCACCAAAUCGACCACCGACGCCCCUGAACGUAACUGGACGUCGGCCGCCCCUGAAACCACCUCGGCGGCUCCGUACGCCUCCGCCUCCUCCAAAGACGGGGAAAGCACCACCAGCAGCAGCAGCACGGAGGCCACGACGGCGCCCCCAGCCGUCAGCGACGCCCCCCCUCAACCCACGGCCCCCACGACUGCGAUUGGAGGCGCGGAGAACGUAAUCAGCGUCCAAGCCAGCAGCCAAAGCGACUCGGGCAGCACCGUGUAUGUCGUGUUUGGCAGCGGCGUGGCAUUUGUGCUAGCCGUGAUGGCCAUCGUGUACGUCGUGAAGAAGUCGAGGAGCAAGUACAUGGACGAAAAAGAGUCCGAGUCGAGUCAAAUUACGCGCUUUGGCAAUGCCGACACGCGACGCAACAACGAUUCGAAUGUCGCGAUUUUGUAAUAAAAGUAAUGACGUGAAUCCGUUUGGACACCAAG